AUGGGCUAUUCAGAGCAACUCUGCCAAAUCUGCGGCGUCUCCUUCAACAUCGCCCGCAUCCGCCGCCCGGACGAGCCCAGAUCCGCCGCCUGGAUCUACUACGGCUCCGACUUUGUGGACGCGGAGGGCACGAUCCAGAACUGUGGUCGAAAGUCAGGAUGUAUGAUCGUUGAUCGGGAUCUCGAUGAGGAUGUGCUUCAGGAUCCCUGGAAGAGGAGAGUUGUCGAGGGGGAAGAUGACGAGGGAGGCGGAGAUGGAAAUGGAGAGGGGGAGGAGUUUGCUCCUAACGCUGAAGACGACGAGGACGAUGACGAGCCGCCGCUGCUGGAACAGUUUGUUGAGCUGAUGAAACACAUCGCCGGCCCCAACUGCACGAACGGCAACGGCUACAUCGGCCACCGCAUCUCCCUGCAAGAAAUGCAACACUGCCGCGUCUGGCAGACCCUGAUCCGCAAAACCGAGACCUUUCAAUCCGCCCCAGACGACGAAGCCUUCGAACGCACCGAAGACGUCUUCCUCAGCGGCAUCUCCGACGACAUGCCCGAGACGAUGGACGGCGGAUCAGCCGAAACUCACCCCGCCCGCCACGGCGUCCGCAAACCCAACGUGACGAACGGCAUGAUCGAUAGCGUGUACACCGACGCCAAGGCAGCCUGCAUGCCGUUCCACCCCUGGUGUCUCGAGGUCUUCAAGCGGGCGUCGCACGCGAAGAGCGGCGAAGUCGAUAUCGCCGGGCUGUGGGGAUGGUAUGAGAACGAAGCGGACUUUGAAAUGUUCUUUGCCUUCCCUCGGGCGGGUCCAACCACCGGACUGCGUGAACAGUGGUGGGAUCACGCCGUGGGGAGCGAAUGGAUCGUGUGCAACCCGCUCUUCAUGCCGACACUCUCCGACGAGCUGCAAACCACCAUCAGCUCAGACCCGUCUUUCGACGUCGGCCAAGGCGCCUUCGACAUCCCAUCCUCCCAACUCACACCCCCAACAUCAACCCAAGAAACCGACCCCUUCACAACCCUCCCCGCAGAACUCCGCCUCAUGAUCCUCCAAGACCUCCCCUCGCAAUCCAUCGCCUCCCUCCGCCUCUCCUCCCGCGCCUUCCGCCAACUCCCCAUCUCUUUAUGGCACCACCUCCUCCUGAAAGAAAUGCCCUGGUUCUGGGAAGCCCACCCCUCAACCCCCCUCCCAACAUACUCCUUCUGGACCACGAAAUCCGAAAAAGACCUAAAAUCCCACCCCGUCGCCCCCGAAAACCGCAACCCCGUCCCCGUGCCAAACACUCUAGAUCCCACGCGGACGAACUGGCAUCGCCUCUAUCUCCUCCUCAAGGAACGGGAGAACGAUGAAAAGUAUAGAUCUCUGAGGGGUCUGCGAAACCGCGAGAGGAUCUGGAUGGACUGUCAGGAGAUUCUGAGGAGGAUCGAGGAGUACAGGGCGCGAGGGGAGAUUCCGGUCGAGGACGUGGCGAGGCUUGUGCGUGAGAGGACCGAGGGCGUGAGGAGGAGGAAUCGGGAGAGGAUGGAGGCGAGGAGGAGGGAGCAGGAGAGGGAUCAGGGGGUUGUGACGCAUACGGAAGCUGCGCAGAUGCUGUAG